AUUGUCUGAUGUAGCUAGUUGACCAGCUUCAUCUGCUUCCGAGAGCAAGUUGAACUGGCUGAAAAAAAAUAUAUAUACAUAUAUAUAUAUAUAAAUUUUUGCUCAAAUUUCUAUGAAGUAAUUUAGAACCAAAGCGCGCGAAGGAUGAGAAGAGUCACCCUGUUUGUUAACGGGACGUCUAAUAAUGGCAAGGUCGUAGCAGUUUACGGCACCUUGUCCGACUUGCUGUCAGUGGCGAGCAACAAGCUGGGAAUCAAGGCCUCCUGUUUGUACAACGGGAAGGGUGGACUCAUAGAUGACAUCGCCCUGAUCCGGGAUGAUGACGUACUGUACGUGUCGGAAGGCGAUCCAUUUAUUGACCCGCAGCAUGAAGUCAGGGUGACGUCUGAUCAGCACGGCGCACACACCGACUGGCUGACCCUAAACAUCGGCGGUCGCCUCUUUACCACCACGAGGAGUACGUUGGUGAGCAAGGAGCCGGAGAGCAUGCUUGCUCACAUGUUCAGUGAGAAAGAUGUGUGGGGAAACAAACGGGACAAGCACGGGGCCUACCUAAUCGACCGCAGCCCCGAAUACUUUGAGCCCAUUCUCAACUACCUGAGACACGGUCAGCUCAUUGUCAAUGAAGGAAUAAAUAUACGAGGGGUUCUGGAGGAGGCUCGGUUCUUUGGAAUCGAGCAGCUGGCCGAGCAGCUGGAGGUAAUAAUCAAGAACUCGCAGCCGCCCGAGGACCACUCUCCCAUUUCGCGAAAGGAGUUUGUCCGUUUUCUGUUGGCAUCCUCCACCAAGUCGGAGCUCCGCUGUCAGGGUCUUAACUUCAGCGGCGCUGAUCUGUCCCGACUUGAUCUGCGUUAUAUCAACUUCAAGAUGGCUAACCUCAGCCGCUGCAAUCUGACACAUGCUAAUCUGUGUUGCUCCAAUCUGGAGCGGGCUGACCUUUCUGGAGCCAACAUGGAUGGCGCCAAUUUGCAAGGAGUCAAGAUGCUCUGCUGCAACGCCGAGGGAGCUUCUCUAAAAGGAUGCAACUUUGAAGAUCCCUCUGGACUGAAGGCCAACCUCGAAGGUGCGAAUCUGAAAGGCGUUGACAUGGAAGGAAGCCAGAUGACCGGCAUCAACCUGCGUGUGGCCACUCUGAAAAAUGCAAAGCUGAAGAACUGCAACCUGCGGGGGGCCACUCUAGCCGGGACGGAUCUGGAGAACUGCGACUUGUCCGGCUGCGAUUUGCAGGAAGCCAACCUGAGAGGCUCCAACGUAAAGGGGGCCAUUUUUGAAGAGAUGCUGACCCCGCUGCACAUGUCGCAGAGUGUCAGAUAACUCUGCUGCCACACCGGCUUUCUCUCUACGUCUGUCUCUCUGCGCUCCUCCCCCUUCAGCGUGUCGUACAGUACAUUCCCCCCCCCUCACUCAAUCUACCUGCCCUCUGCGCAGGUAGCGGUGUGCAUGGCCCCUGGCAUUCCGCUGGUAUUACGUUAGCUUUAAAUAUCUUGCACUAGAAAGUUUCCAGGGUCGACGGUGUAUGUUUCAUAAACGUCCAGCUGCAUUUAUCACCAAAACUAAGCAAUCUUCCUGGCGCGUGUCAUUUCCGGACGCGGUCCGGUGAUUCUGCUCGUUAGAUGUGUCCUGUAAGUUUUAUUUAUUUUAUUCUACCUGACAUGUUAAUAGGAGUUCAAAUCAGAUUACACGCGAGCAGCAAAGCUGAGCUUCACCGGAUGCUGCUGUAGCAAAAGCAGAAGGCGGGGGGGGCGGGGCGGGGCGGGGGGGGGUUACUAUACCAAUGACUGUGUCCGUAUACAAAGGAGCUCUCCUUAAAUAUGGAGCCUAACGUUGCUGGAUUUAACAAAGCAAUGCAAGCCAAAGCCAUACAGCACAGCAGCGUAGUCCUGAAAGGCUGUCAGUGCGCCGCAGAACUAUGCUACAGCUUGAAUAUGCAACACACCGUGUAGAGCUGUAAGAUUUCUCCGUUGCCGUCUUACAGCGUUGCUUUUAUUUGUUCAGUGCUCUGUGAAUCUACCUCCUCUACCGUUUGCGUGUCGGCGGUCCAGAGUGGCGUGCAUGUGAAUGUUGCAUGGCUUACUGAGCCGUUGAGGCGCGUUCAGAACAGUGCUCCAUAUAUACUCGUUCCUAAUCAUGCUUUCAACCUGUUUGCACAUGUCCGUGUUGCCCGGUCUACCCUCUCACCAAAAAAAACAUCCCGGUGCGUUUCUUGAUGUACAGUGAUGUAAAUGUGUAAAACGAAUCCAGUGCUUCCAAAGCUUUGUGAGUGUCGCUCGGUGUCGUGUCCCGCUUUCCUCACCUCACUUCCAGACAGUCGGUGUCCGUUAGCAUGUAUGAAGAGCUUUUGUUCGUGGAAGACCAGUGAAGUUUCUCUGGCUGCAGCUCAAAGCUGCUCUGAUGCAAUACUACAGCGUUCGCUCAGUCGGACCAUGGGUACCCGGCCUCUCAGAAUGAAUAGUGAAGGCAAUCAUGUUGUGUAUUUAUACCUGACAGGUCAAGUCGAUGGAAGAGCUAAGGUUAUUUAUUUAAUACGUGUCACUGAACGCAACACAGUCAAGAUUUGUGUGUCCGGUAACGUCAUCUCCUCUUAUUGCACUCAACCAUGGAAAUACGUCCAUGAACGACUGUUAUGAAUAAACUGGUAUAAAGAGGAAA